AGUUUCGACGCUGCUAGUCUUGCCAUACUGCAACGGCUCGACACGUUGGAAGAUCUGUUCAAAAUUGCACACCCUGAGACACUAGGGCCCCGUGCGAUUCAACAUGAGCCAUCUCUAGAAGAUACGACACAAAGCGUCAGAUCUGCAACCCCAGAACGGUUCUUACCCUCUGAGGUCUACUCCAUCAACAUCGAGACGACUCUAGAAUGGCCAGUUCUCAAAGUAGAGCAUCAAGGUCCACAGUCAGGACUGAAGAGCAUUAUCCAGACAGGGAACUUGAGUUCGGGUCCUCGCCUCCUGUCAACAUCGGACCUUGAUGCCACUGACACUGGAUCUUUGCUGCAAUGCUUCCUCAAGAAUUUUCACAUUUACAAUCCUGUCUUGGAGAUAUCGUGCAUCGAGAAAUACGUAAAGAGCACCGUUUAUAACGGGCUGGGUUGGGGUGCAGAGUCGUGCCUUUCGCUUCUUAUAUUCGCUCUGGGAACCAUUGCAGUCCCCGAAAUUCGGUCUGACUCGGAAACCUCGUUAGUAUUUUUUCAGUCCGACCAGUUUCGGCGCGCAGAGUCUUUUUUCUUAGCUGCUCAACGACGAAUUGGCCCAGCAUUGUGCAACAGUGGCAUCAUUAAAGCACAGAUUUUCUUCUUAGCCGGAGUGUAUCUCAUGACCACGAUCAGGCCAUUUGAAGCUUGGAGAAUGUUCAUCCAAGCCUUGGCUUGCUGCCAGACACUUCAACCGCCUAUCUACUGGACAUGCUUUAAGUCUGAACUGGAACUACGAUUGGAAUUGAAUAUCGCCGAGAAUAGUGUUUGGAACCUGCAAUAUCCCGAAUUCUUCCCGGCACCCCCAAAAAGUCUCCAGUCUCAGGGCGAAGGAACUUGGUACUUUUACUUAGCUGAGAUUGCUUUGAGGCGACUUGGGAACAGGAUCUUGACGCAUACGUGCCAGUUCAAGCCAUCGGAAAGCUCGAUUGCUAAUAGAGUAUCCAAGACAAUCGAGUUUGAGCAACAAGCCUAUAGCUGGUACGUCAACAUUAACAGCUGUGAUGAAUAUGCUCCAUUGCGAUUUAUCCUAAACAGUCACCUUUUGGACUGCUACGAGACGAUAUAUUGGCCUUUUAUAGUCGAUACAAUCUAUAGAAUUUUAUAUAAUAACCUUAAUUCUAAAACCUUUACUCGGAAAGGGUUCGAGAUCUGCGUUCGCCGGAUUAAGGAGAACGAGCCAGGAUUCCGGUAUCGUCAUCACGGAACGUGGCUUACGCUCCGAUCCUGUACCCGGAGCGCAUUAGUAUUGCUCGCUGCAGCGCGGUCGAAGCUCGAUGAUGUGCUUUCUGUUGAAUGGGUGGUCUUCGUUACCAAGGUUAUGGAAUUGUUGCAGUAUUGGAAAGACGAGAUUCCGGACGCUGCCGACCGAUUGAGGAUUUUGGAUGAGCUCCUGAAAUCUACCCACAAACCGGAGUAG